GCCAGUCUAUUGAAGAGAGUAAAGAGGUCUGUAGUAUACAAAGGCUGGCUGUGAUGAUAAUAGUGGUAAUGAAACACAACCAAAAUAGGAAUAUGCAGUGAGAGAGAGAGAGAGAGAGAGAGAGAGAGAGAGAGAGAGAGGAGGUGCUGGUGCACUGUGUGAGAGUUGUGAUUUGCACUCAUUCUUUGAAGACACACUCACACCAGUAAAUGAGGCACAGCACAAGGAUUUAUGUUUUGAUAUUUACACUACUUUAUGCCUGCUAUCUGUUUAUCUAAUCUUAUGAAAGGCAGUUAUGUUGAAUACUGCAUUUAAUAUGAGAACUUUGGAUUUUUUGUUUUGCAGUGGAUGAAUGCAUUUGGUCAGAUGAGGAAUGAUGCUAUGGACCAUUAUCUUAAUUUGAAAGGCACAGAUGAAGAGGGCUAGCAUGUCUCGUCCUGUAUGGAGCUCAGUUCAGAUGUCCUGUUCACUCUGGCUCCUCCUUCUGUCCUUUUCUAUCAGGUUUAAUCCAACUGGGUCUGAAUUAGUAUUUUCAGUGUUACCUGAAGAUGGAGUUGGGAUUGUAAACAGGUCUCUGAUGCUGCACUGCACAGUGCUUGACUCUGGCCUGAAGGCUCCUCUAUCGGUGAAAUGGGAGCGAGACGAUGGAGGUCUGGACAGCAGGAUUCAUCAGUUGGCCAAUGGCACACUUUUCUUUCCCCACUUAAAAGAGGAAGACUUUGGAAAUUAUUCCUGUAGUGCAAAAAGAGGCAACAAACAGAUUCAAACCACUGUCAUGGUCAGCAAAGCAUGCCUGGAUGAUGUGUUCUUUCACCCUCAGUCCAUGAGAACUGAAGAGGGACAUGAUGUUUUCCUUCAGUGUGUCUCUGGUGAUAGUUCUCCUCCCGCUCAGAUUUCAUGGUUAAAAAACGGCAGAAUUCUCACCAAAGGAAACCAGAUUCAGGGACAGUAUGGAGGAGGGAGUCAAAGGAAGACUUCUGGCACUUUGCACAUGGCUAACAUCACCAAAGCAGACCAAGGAGUCUAUAUUUGCAUCACCCACAAUCAUCUGCUAAAUAUAAGCAAAGGAAGUAAAGCAGCAACUCUGACAGUGCAUGAUUCCAAUGUAGACGUAAAGAUUAUUGAAGGCCCCCAAAAUGUCACUGUACCUGUUGAAAUGGAAAGUGCAAUGCACUGCUUUGUUGAAGGCUUCCCCUUUCCAACAAUUCAGUGGUUUAAAGAUGGAAAUUCCUUACCCAAUUCUUCUAGAUGGGAUCUGCAGAAAGAUGGACAGCUGCUGAUUUUUCAGAGAGUUUUGUCAGAAGAUGAGGGCCUGUAUUUCUGUGAAGCUCGCAAUGAGAGGCAGAAAGUGAUAUCUGAACCAGCCUACCUCCUUCCUGCAGUUAUGGAUUGGAGCUUUGUUCUUGAACCUGCCAACCUAACAGUGAAGAAGGGUGAAGCUGCGACUCUUUCCUGUAGGCCUCCUCACAGCAGACCCCAAGCUCAAGUGUCCUGGUUUAAGAACAACAGUCUCCUCCAGACAGGACUGCAUUAUACUUUUGAUUAUAAUGGAGACCUGGUCUUCCACAGUGUACAAGAGACAGACAGUGGAUUGUAUUUCUGCACAGCUUCUAAUUCCUAUCUCAGAAGAGCUCUCACAUCGAAAAAAAUCUUUCUGGAUGUUCUUGAACCUCCAUCCGUGACUAUCUGGCCGACUGUGGUGACGUCUCCUGUAGGUGCUGAAGUGACGAUUCUCUGCCAGGUAUUAGGACACCCUGCUCCUUUCAUCAGGUGGUCAAAGCAGGGACGUUCUGUCCAAACUGGAGGCAAAAUUAUAAUGGGGUUAAGAAACACAACACUCUACAUUUCAUCAGUGAGAACAUAUGAUGAAGGACAUUACACAUGCACAGCCUCCAACACACUGGGUCACGAUCAGAAAACCAUGACUCUUCGGGUUGCUGUGAAACCAGUCAUUGUUUCCUUCGUUGCAUCGCUCACUGUCUCAGAGGGAUCACCUGUUAGUCUCCCUUGUCGAGCUGUUGGAGAUUUUCCUGUCAAGUACACUUGGAUUAGAACUGCAUCGAUGCAAAAUUCACCAAAACUGUCUGGUUCAAACUCUCUGGUCUCACUACCACAACAGAUACACAUUGAUGAUAAUGGGACAUUAGUCAUCUCCAACAUCCACCGGUCUGAUGCAGGAGAGUAUCACUGCACUGCAGAAAACAGAGUCGGUCAGGAUGUGAGAAGUGUCAUCAUAACUGUAACUGCUGACUCUGAUGUCCCACCUGAUAAGGAAGCACUGAGUAAAACGGUUAUGCCCCCUGUUUCAGAGAGUGAGCAAGAGCUAGUUACUAUUUCCAUUCCUUAUGGUUCAAAGCUUCUGAGUAAUACAGAGAUAAAUGAAUCCCUUCAACAAACAACUGAAAAUUACACAAAGAUAUCCUUGUUAAAUGCUUUUGUGGAGGACUCACCAACAUAUCUGAAUCUUGAAUCUACCCAAGACACUACAGAGUUCAUUUCACUUAAGCCAAGUGGCAUUAGCAUAGGAAUUAAUGAGAAAAACAAACAACCCAUUCAAACACAAAAACCAACCCCUGUGCCUGUCAAACCUGCACCAUUUCCCCCACUCAAAGAGACUUUUUUAAAGGACGCACGUCAACAUAUCCAAAUAACAGAGCAGGUCACAAAACCUCCAGUAACGAAUCCAAACACAAACACCCCUUUCCCAGCAGACUUAUAUUCCCAUACCCAGCUUAAAAAAAUUCAGAGUGUUUCCCUGAAUAGUGCCCAGUCCUUUAGUGGACAAGCUCAGACUACAGGCUUAACUUUAGUGGAUGUAGAGAAUUUCACUGCCUCAGCUCCUGUGGAACAACAUCAAAAUCAGAGUCAAAUCAUCAAGCAGACUGGAAGUACCAAGACAUCAGUGACAAAUGACACAGAACUUGUUGAAUCACUCAAGAAAAACACCUCACAGGCCCCUAUGAGGACCACUGACAAUAAUAACAGAGAAAAGGAGAAAUCCCAAACUUGGUUGCCUGUGAUUGAGAAGCAUGAUAUUCCCAUUGUGGUUGGAGUUGGUGUUUCAUUGGCAUUCAUUUUCAUUGCCAUGGCCUUUUACUCUCUGGUUCAGAAAAAUGAUCCUGCAGCUGUACCUACAGGGAGGGCAGCUCUGAGGGGAAUAUGUGGCAGGCAUGGGGAACAUCUUGCAAUGGAAAGGACAUAUGAUAACAAGGCAUUUGAAGAUGAUAAUUUGAUGGCUGUUAUUGAGCAAAGCCCCAACACAUUGGAGACAAGAGCGCUCCCAACAGAAGCCAGCCCAUCCAUCCUGAUGAUGGAGCCACCGUCCGAUGAUUUGCAAGAGUGUGUCCAGUCCACCCAGGGCCUGCCAGUUAUUGUGGAGACUCACCCAGAGCCUAGAGAAGAGGAUCAGUUGGAGACUAUAUUUGAGGAGGGGAAGGUCACUCCCUCACCACAUUCUGACAUUCAGCUGCAGUGCAUGGAGGACUGGAGGAGCAGAGAAUUUGAACCAGGUCAGGACGCCCCCUCACCUCCUCCAGCCAAUCCACCACCUGCCCAGGAGGAAGGCCUGCGCUCUUCCCUGACUCUCCAGACCAGCGAUCCCUCCUCAACUCCUGUGCGCCACAGCAUCAAUAUUUCCCAUGGUUUCUCUCCCCUCCUGCUGUCCCAUUGUGUGUCCCUGGGCAUGACCUCUGUGGCUGUGGAUGUGCACUUCUACCCAUCAGGUCCCUCGGCAGCCAGUCGUCCUCCAUGCCCUGCCUAUGGACCUCCAGGCCAGCAGGUGAACACCAGGCUGGAGCAUGAACUGACUACACCCUCUGCUAGCCACAGUAAAUAACAAGAGUGUGACAAACAUUGAAGUCAUGAGAAAGCUCUGUUAAAUCGCUCACUACAUAGGGCGACAGGCAGUUAGGAUAAAGGUGGUGCUGAUGCUUUAUUCUCCCUCUAAUUUUAUUUUUUUUCCUAUGAUGUCGGUUUAAUGAAAGGCAACAUGAGCUUUCAUGGAGCCAUGCGUUAGAAUGGCUGCAUGUGAAUGAACUACUUUCACAGCAUGUGCUAAAUUUGAUCAGAAAUGACUUUGCAUGCUACAACUGCCAUACUGUCAGACAGAAGAAACAAAACUAUUUAAAUGAAUAUAAUCAUAUAUAACAGUCUUUAACUGUAAAUUAUAUGGCAUUUCAUAUUUCUGAAACCCAUAGAGUUCACAUUAUUUUACAGUAAAAUGACAUAUAAAGCAAUGUUAAAUCAUUUACAGUUUUUCGCCAUAAAUGGUAAGGUAUCUUACAGAUAAACCAUUAACAGUUUUUUAGCAUAGCACUUUUACAAACAUUUUUUAUGGUGUGGCAUUAGGAAUGGUCGAUAUAACUAAAAAUGUUUAAAUAUUUUUCAGUCUUUUAAAAAAAAUUGAUAAUUGUAUUUGAUAUCAAUAUUUAUGAGUUAGCUUUAAAAAGUGUAUUUUCUUAUUAUUAUUGAUAUGAUUGAUUGAUGAUAUAUAUAUUGUUUUUUAAAUCAAAGGAAACACUAUUUUUUCCAAACAGCUAUUGUUACCAAGUUUAUUAAAAAAAUUAAUCUAGUUUGAAUAAUGAAGGCAUUUUCAUUAAAUGAACAUAGAGUAUUUAAUCAUUUCUAUCCAUUAUUUAAUAUUUAAUCAUUUAUAUCCACCAAUAUAUAGUAACAGCAAUAUAGUAUUUAACUUCAUAUAUUUUUACUAAGACAUUUUAAUAUGUGAAAAAUAUCAUGCAUUCAUUUGCAUGUAUUGAUACCAACCUUGAAAUCUUAAAGAGCCCCAGCCUGAGAUUUUGUGGUCUGUAUAUAUAUAUAUAUAUAUAUUCAGACACAGGGAACAAUUGCAGGUAACAUUUAUCAUUAAUCAGGUUUAUAAAUACUGUCUUUCCUCUAAUGCCAAGGAAUUUAUAAUACUGCAAGUAUUUAAGAGUAAUUAAAUGUAUAUAUUAAUGUAUUUCUGAAAUAAGAAGUGACUUCUACAAACCUAGCCAUAGCAUUAUGUAAAAUAUAGUUGAAAAAGGUCUCCACAGUAAUGGAGAGUAAAUGCAAAGGGAUAAUAGAACUUAAAGUUGUAAAAAGGUUUUAUUUGUGCAACAUCUCGACUGUUACUUCCGCUCGUGCCAAAGGUUAAACCACCUUACCAUUAGUUAUUUCUGUGACUUGUAUUGUUGAAAAUUAAUCUUAAGAUAUUGGGAGUAUUGUACUUCAUGGGCAACAAACUGUUGUAUUUUGCUUUUACAUAGAAGUAAAAGUGACCAAUUAAUACAAUUAAUAAAACUAAGUCUCCUGUUGACUUUUUGAAGUCAUGUUAUAAGAAGCUAAAACACAAGUAUC